UAAUAUGUGUCCACUGGGAGUAUCGUCAUGGAGUGACAUUAAGCAGCAGAGGUUGGAUCACAUGUGGGCAGCUAUUGAGGUUAAAUUUGAGAGUGUUGACUUUAAUGAUCAUCGUGAUCAUAUAUUUGGAUGGAUGAAUGAGUUAUGGAACAAAUGGAGAGGAUACUUGCACGCUACUUAUGUGAAGAAUAAGCCUAUUGUUCAGGCUCAUAAGAAUAUUCCAAAGGGAGUAGAAAAAAAGGAAUGGGAGUGGUUAGUUAAGGAACAUUUUUUGUUCCGAAAGUUUCCAGGUGAGGAGCAAUAGAAAUGCAGAAAAUCGAGCUAAGUUAAAGAUGUUUCAUCACAUUGGUAGCAAGCCUAUUAGAGAGAUCAUUUAUCAGCAGGGUGGAAAAGAUGGAAAUCCGCCAAAUUUGGCGACUAUUUUCUUUGAGACUCGUAAGAAAGAUAACAUGCUUGUUGAACCGGAAGCAAUUGAAAAACAUGCUCAAAUCGAAGAAAUACUAAAAGUUGAGCCAUAUUUGCCUAGCAUAGAGAUUGUAGAAAAGUGUUGUGGACCUCAAAAUCGUAGCCAUGUAUUUGGCUUUGGGGGUGGAGUAAAGGCAAAGGACAUGAGAGUCAGAAAUUGGAAAACUGAUACGCAUUCAGUUUUAUCCUUGAGGUUGAAUGGUGCUAUUGUUGGUGGUCAUUGCUUAUCAGCUUCUUUACUACCUAGCAACUCAUCAUCUGCUUCCAUGUCUGAAAAUAAGGAUGAUAUAAUUGUUUAA